AUGGGUGGUGUACCAUCCGUUCCUACAGACCCAGACAAGUCUCUGCAAGUCAUUGGCGCCGGCUUCGCUCGUACCGGAACAGUUUCCAUGGCCCUGGCCCUCGAAAAGAUCCUCGACGGUCCAGUCUGUCAUGGAGGCACACAACUUCUCGGCCGCGAAGAUGACUACGUGCAGAAAUGGCUCGCCGUCUACGCCGCCAAGAACGACAGGUCAAAGCGCCUCGCCGCCCUUCGUGAGGUAACGCGAGGCUUCCUCGCCAUCACAGAUACCCCAGGCACGCACUUCAUCGAGGAGCUGUGCGAGAUCUAUCCCGAUGCCAUAGUCAUUGGGUGGAAGCGCGAUCCGGAGAAGUGGUGGAAGAGCAUGGAGCAGAUGAUCAAGCAUGCGAUGCCGGGGUGGCUGCGGUGGUAUUUGAUUAUCAUGCCCGGGUGGCGGUGGUUCCCUGUUAUCAUGAGGGAGAUGAAAGAAGAGUUGGCUCAAAUGAGAAAUUUAGGCAUCCUCGAGCAUUACUACAGCAAAGUAGAACAAGCCGUCCCGGAGAACCGCAUGCACUGGGUCGAACUCAGCGAUGGAUGGGAGCCCUUGUGCAAGAUCCUGGACAAACCUGUUCCGGACUGUCCGUUUCCGAGGGCGAAUGAUUCCAAGGCAGUGGAGGAGACUGCUCGGCAUGUUUUCAAGAAGACGGCAAUGGCUUGGCUGGGAAUCUUGGGAGUAUUAGUAGCUGCUUGUACGCUAUUGUGGUAUAUAUACUGA